UAUGGCGACGGGGGACUUCCGCUUGUGAAGGAGCUCCGACGAGAAAGCUGGUUGCGCUCGGUGGUGCUGUUGAAAAACACGAUGAAAAUGGCGUGGCAACCACAAGAAGAAGGACUUAGACAAAUUUUAACACUUUUACGUGAAUCGCAAAGUCCUGAUACAGCAACACAACGCGCUGUACAACAAAAAUUGGAAGAGUUAAACAAAUUCCCGGACUUUAAUAAUUAUCUUAUCUUUGUAUUGACCAAGCUUACAUCAGAAGCUGAUGUGCCGACUAGGUCACUUAGUGGUCUUAUUUUAAAGAACAAUGUGAGGACUCAUUACCAUAAAUUUUUACCAGAAGUUACGAAUUUUAUAAAACAAGAAUGUUUGUCUGCGGUUGGAGAUCCGGAUCCGAUGAUACGAGCUACUGUGGGUAUAUUAAUAACAACUAUUGCAUCAAAAGGUGAACUGACAACAUGGCCGGAGUUACUUCCAUCGCUGUGUCAGAUGUUGGAUUCCCAGGACUACAAUGUCUGCGAUGGGUCAUUCAGCGCAUUGCAAAAAAUAUGCGAAGAUUCCGCAGAAUUACUUGAUUCUGAUACACUAAACCGGCCUCUGAAUGUAUUUAUUCCGAAAUUUUUGCAGUUUUUCCGUCACUCAAGUUCCAAGAUACGCUCGCACGCAAUAGCGUGUGUCAAUCAGUUCAUCGUAAACCGUUCUCAGGCUUUGAUGCUGCACAUAGACUCAUUUCUCGAGAAUCUCUUCCACUUGGCAACGGACGAAGAUCCAGAAGUUGGUAAAAACGUUUGUCGGGCAUUCGUUAUGCUACUAGAGGUUCAAAUAGAUCGUUUGAUUCCUCAUAUGCACAAUAUUAUUGAGUACAUGUUGGUAAGAACACAGGACCCGAAUGCGACAGUUGCUCUGGAAGCUUGUGAGUUUUGGUUAUCACUGGCUGAACAAGACAUGUGUCGUCAAGCAUUGGCUCCAUACUUACCACGACUGGUCCCUGUACUAGUAGGUGGUAUGAAAUAUUCAGAAAUAGAUAUAAUAUUGCUGAAGGCUAAUGUCGAAGAGGAUGAAAUGAUACCCGAUCGUGAGGAAGAUAUAAGACCACGUUUUCACAAAACUAAAACCCAUACACUGAAUUCAUUAAUGAAUAAACAUUCAGAAGAAAACGGUGGCUAUGAUUCCGACUGUGAUGAUGGAUGUGACGAUGAUUCGAGUGUCAGUGAUUGGAAUUUACGUAAAUGUUCAGCUGCAGCUCUAGAUAUGCUUGCUGGAGUAUUCAGAAAUGAUUUGUUACCAGUUUUAGUGCCAAUUCUCAAAGAAACGUUAUUUCAUCAGAAUUGGGAAAUCAAAGAGUCUGGAAUACUCGCACUUGGAGCGAUUGCCGAGGGUUGUAUGGAAGGUAUGAUUCCACAUUUGUCUGAGCUGAUCCCAUAUUUAAUAAACAGUUUAAAUGAUAAAAAAGCAUUAGUACGUGCCAUAACAUGUUGGACGUUGAGUAGAUACUCUCAUUGGGUCUGUGCGCAACCCCAUGAAACUUAUUUGAAGCCUCUGAUGACGGAAUUACUCAAGAGAAUAUUGGAUGGCAAUAAACGUGUACAGGAAGCGGCUUGUUCGGCAUUCGCUACACUCGAGGAGGAAGCUGGUACUGAACUAGUACCAUAUCUUGGUGUCAUUUUAGAAACUUUAGUUUUUGCAUUCGGUAAAUAUCAGCAUAAAAAUUUGUUGAUACUCUAUGAUGCUAUUGGAACUCUAGCAGAGUCAGUAGGACACUACUUAAAUAAACCAGAAUACAUAAAUAUUCUAAUGCCUCCAUUAAUAAACAAAUGGAAUAUUUUAAAAGACGAAGAUAAAGAUCUAUUUCCCCUUCUUGAGUGUCUUUCUUCCGUUGCCACGGCACUGCGAUCGGGAUUUUUACCCUACUGUGAACCAGUUUACAGACGUUGUGUAUCACUAGUCGAACAAACGCUAAACCAACAUAUAGCUAAUACACAAAGUCCCGAGCAGUUUGAAGCACCAGACAAAGAUUUUAUGAUAGUUGCGUUGGAUCUUUUGAGUGGAUUAGCCGAAGGACUGGACGGUCACAUUGAACGCUUGGUUAUGAAUAGCAAUAUCAUGCAAUUACUUUAUCAGUGCAUGCAAGAUCCGAUGCCAGAAGUUAGGCAAAGUAGUUUUGCAUUGCUUGGUGAUUUAACGAAAGCUUGUUAUCAACAUGUACUUCCAUGCAUACCCGACUUUAUGCCGAUCUUAGGAGACAAUUUAAAUCCUAGCUUUAUAUCAGUGUGUAAUAAUGCAUCAUGGGCCAUUGGUGAAAUAGCCAUUAAACUAGGACCUGACACGAGUGUAUAUAUUCCAUUGAUAAUAAAUCAACUCAUUGAUAUUAUUAAUCGACCAAACACACCGAAAACUCUGCUAGAGAAUACCGCCAUUACGAUCGGUCGCCUAGGUUACGUGUGUCCCCAAGACGUCGCCCCCAUGUUACAGCAGUUUGUCCAACAGUGGUGCUCAUCGUUGAGAAAUAUAAGAGAUAAUGAAGAAAAAGACUCAGCAUUUAGAGGAAUGUGUCAGAUGAUAACAAUAAAUCCUGCUGGAGUUGUCCCUGACUUUGUAUUUUUCUGUGACGCUGUUGCGUCCUGGGUUACACCCAGAGAUGAUUUAAAAGAAAUGUUUCAAAAGAUAUUACACGGAUUUAAAAAUCAAGUUGGCGCGGAAAACUGGAAAAGAUUUUCAGAUCAAUUUCCCAUACAACUUCGCGAACGUCUUCAAACUAUGUACGGCGUCUGAACAAUCCCGUCUGCUUAUUGCGGCCAUUUAUUAAGCAAGGCCGAUUGGGGAUGGGCGGGGAAUAUUAAAAUGGGUGAACAGGGUGGGUGGGUGAAACCACGGCCUCUUCUCAUCAAUAUCGUCUACUUGGUCGUCGUGAUCGUAUCAUGGUUACUGACGAGUCAACGUUCUGGCUUCGUCCCCGUAAGUGAGCUUCGAGGGACGACAGUAGUCAUGAUGAGUGGCUACGGCAAUGGAACUGGGUGAGAAAUGGAUGAGAAUAAAUAAUUUAAAAAAAUAAAUAAAUAAACAAUAACGAACGACUUUUUAAAAAAACUAAAUUAAAAUUAUCAAAAUAAAUAACAAGUGGAUUAUUAAAUAACAACAAAAAUAAAAUGGCCGAGUUAUGUGG